UCUCCCUUCAAGUGAACAUUGUCCCAAAUAAGGUGGAGGUGCCUGUUGGAGAAUCCAAAUUUUUCUUAUGUCAAGUGACCGGUGAUGCCAAAUCCAAAGAAAUCUUCUGGUUUGCCCCCAAUGGUGAUAAGCUGACGACAAACCAGCAGCACAUUUCUGUGGUCCGGUCUGAUGAUUCUUCUACUCUCACCAUCUAUAACGCCAACAUAGAGGACGCCGGCAUCUACAAGUGUGUGGUCUCCAGUGAGGAAGGGGAGGAAGAGGCCACUCUUAAUGUGAAGAUCUUUCAGAAGCUGACCUUCAAACAUGCCCCCAGCCCACAGGAGUUCAAAGAAGGAGAAGAUGCAGUUAUUAUCUGUGAUAUUGUCUCCUCGCUGCCUCCUACGAUUAUGUGGAAGCACAUGGGCAGGGAUGUGGUCCUGAAAAAAGAUGUGAGGUUUGUGGUGUUGAGCAAUAACUACCUCCAGAUCAGAGGGAUCAAGAAAAGCGACGAAGGCAUGUAUCGCUGCGAGGGGAGGAUCUUGGCACGGGGAGAGGUGGACUUCAGGGAUAUCCGGAUCAUCGUGAAUGUGCCUCCCACCGUUCGCUCUCGGCAGGGGACGGUCAACGCCACUGCCAACCUCAGCCAGUCAGUCAAACUGGUGUGUGAGGCCGAUGGCUUCCCAGAGCCCAUCAUCAGCUGGACCAAGGACGGAGAACUAAUAGAACGAGGGGAGGAUGAGGAGAAGUACGGCUUCAGUUAUGAUGGCUCUGAGCUGACCAUCCACAGGGUGGAGAAGAACGAUGAGGCCGAGUAUGUGUGCAUCGCCGAGAAUAAAGCGGGAGAGCACGAUGCCACUGUACACCUCAAAGUCUUUGCAAAACCUCAGAUCACCUUUGUGGAGAACAAAACUGCAAUGGAACUGGAAGACCAGAUCAUUCUGACCUGCGAGGCCUCUGGCGAUCCCACCCCCUCCAUCACUUGGAGGACCUCUUCCCGAAACAUCAGCAGUGAAGAGAAGGCUUCAUGGACCAGGCCCGAGAAACAAGAGACCUUAGAUGGACGCAUUGAAGUCCGCAGCCACGCCCGUGUGUCUUCCCUGACUCUGAAGGAUAUUCAGUACACCGAUGCUGGGGAGUACACCUGCAUAGCCAGCAACACCAUUGGGCAAGACUCCCAAGUCAUGUACCUAGAAGUUCAGUAUGCCCCAAAGUUGCAGGGCCCUGUUGCGGUUUACACCUGGGAAGGUAACCCCGCAAACAUCACCUGCGAAGUCUUUGCUUACCCCAGCGCUGUCAUCUCAUGGUUCCGGGAUGGACAGCUGCUGCCCAGCUCCAACUACAGCAACAUCCGGAUCUACAACACACCAGCCGCCAGUUACCUGGAGGUGACGCCAUAUUCAGAAAACGAUUUCGGGAAUUACAAUUGCACAGCAGCCAACCGGAUUGGCCAGGAAUCUUCCGAGUUCAUCCUUGUGCAAGCAGAUACUCCCUCUGCGCCUUCCAUUGAGAAAGUGGAGCCCUACUCCAGCACAGCCCAGAUCAAGUUUGAUGAACCGGAGGCCAGCGGGGGUGUCCCCAUCCUCUGGUACAAAGCCGAGUGGCGAGCCAUUGGGGAGGAAGAUUGGCACACCCGAAUCUACGAUGCCAAAGAAGCCAACACCGAAGGCAUCUUCACAGUCAUCGGCUUGAAGCCAGAGACCAUGUACGCCAUCCGACUGACGGCCAUCAACGGCAAAGGCACUGGGGAGAUCAGCCUCCUCUCCGACUUCAAGACGCAGCCAGUUCGCCCCCCACCACCACCAACCCAGCAUCCCAUCAAAACUGAAAUUACCGGACCAGCACAGGGGGAGCCCAGCGCGCCAAAGUUGGAAGGCCACAUGGGAGAAGACGGAAACUCCAUCAAAGUGAACCUCAUCAAGCAGGACGACGGGGGCUCCCCCAUCCGCCACUAUCUCAUUAAAUACAGAGUUAAGCAAUCUCCCGACUGGAAGCCGGAAAUCCGUCUCCCUUCGGGCAGCGACCAUGUCAUGCUGAAAUCCCUCGACUGGAACGCGGAGUACGAAGUCACCGUCAUUGCAGAGAACCAGCAAGGGAAAUCUAAGCCAGCGCGUUACGCUUUCAGGACCUCAGCCCAGCCCACCAUCAUCCCAGCCAGCAGCACCCCGACAUCAGGACUGGGCACAGCAGCCAUUGUGGGCAUCCUCAUCGUCAUCUUCGUCCUCCUGCUGGUGGCCGUGGACGUCACCUGCUACUUCCUGAACAAGUGCGGCCUUUUCAUGUGCAUCGCCGUCAACCUGUGUGGCAAAUCGGGUCCCGGCGCGAAGGGGAAGGACAUGGAAGAGGGCAAGGCUGCCUUCUCGAAGGACGAAUCAAAAGAGCCCAUCGUUGAGGUGCGGACGGAAGAGGAACGGACACCCAAUCACGAUGGAGGCAAACACACAGAACCAAACGAGACCACCCCGCUCACUGAGCCAGAGCACCCUACCGACACCGUGGCAGCCACAGAGGACAUGAUGCCGUCCGUGACCACAGUCACCACAAACUCUGACACCAUCACUGAGACCUUUGCCACUGCCCAAAAUAGCCCCACCAGUGAGACAACCACGCUAACCUCCAGCAUCACACUGCCAGACACUCCCAUGCCCAAUGCCACUGCUGGGCCCCCCAGCCAGAGCACGCCUUCCAAAGCUGCCACGGCCUCUUCGCCUCCCCCGGCCUCGGCCCCCAAAGUGGCUCCCCUGGUGGACCUCAGUGACACCCCCACAUCCCCUCCGGCCACCGGCAAUCUGUCCUCCAACGUCCUCAACCACCAGGGGGCGGUGUUGAGUCCCAGCUCCACCGCCAAGGGGCCCGAGGCUCCCAAGGGCCCUGCUGUUGCCUCCCCACCCUCAAAUCCAGCCAGCCUUCCAGCCUCAUCCGAGCCCAAGCAGGAGGCGGCCUCCAGUGCCAGAAGCCCAGAGAAGGAAGCCGCGCAGUCCGGCACAGCAAAGAGUCCGACAGAGGCACCGAAGACCGCGGGGAGCCAGAAAGGCGAGGCGGCCCCGGGGGGCACCAGAAACCCUCCUCAGAAUGAGGACUUUAAAAUGGACGAGGGGACCUUCAAGACGCCCGAUCUUGACCUUGCCAAGGAUGUUUUUGCCGCCCUGGGCACAGCGGCCCCCGUUGCCGAAGCCCCAGCCGUGGCCCCCGUGCCCACCCUGGAGACCUCGGCAUCGCCAGCGCCUGCCAAGACAGAGAAAAACGCUGUAGAAGAAAAGCCGUCAGUCCCCACCACAGACGCCAACAAGGCAGCAGCCCCUGCAGAAGUGAAGACGGUCCCCACCGAAGCCACACAAACAAAUGAAACUGAGAGCAAAGCAUGA